UUACUAAAGGUACAGACGAUAAGAUUUUUACUUGUAUUAUCUCAGGCUACCAGAUUACGACAUCCAUUGCAGGCCAAACCAUUUCAUUAUUGCGACAUACAAAAACAUAAAUUUAACCUAUAUGCAUAUUUGUUGAAAUCGCAGUUGAUUGUAACUCGUCGACACGAUGGACCAGAAAUUUGUUGUUUGUCUAAUCAUUGGCUUUAUUCUUGUAGUGAUACCUGGCGAUAGUGCAACUACAACGACCUACCCACCAUGGACAACUGAGUCGUCAUCCUACCCACCAUGGAGAACUAGUGAGUCCACUAACAGUUGGACAGCAAGACCUGCAUAUGAUUCAACGAAAUCGGUAACAGAAGGAUCCUCAGUGAACCACAUCAAGUCAUUUGUGCAAGCCGUCUAUGCGAGUUGUACCUUCUGUUACACCAGUCACUUGGAUGUACUCAACAAAGACUACAUUUUCGACGUGUGUGGUGCAUUUGAUAUGUUUAAUGGAUGUGUCCAUUCCUUCUGCUACUCUGCCAGCGUUUCUGAUAACAUAAAAGACGCAAGUGCCAUUUGUGACGGAUAUAGACAAAAGUCAUCCGAGGUUGGAGUAUCAAUGUCCAGUGCCAUGUCAUGUCGAGCUCAUUGGAUGAUUUCUGCUCUUAUAUUUAUGGUCACUUUAGUGUUUAGAACUUUGUAGAUUGACUAAAAAAAAUCGAUCGAAAAAAAAAAUCGAUACAAGCUGAAACUUCUUUUUUUUUCCAAAAUAUCUAAAACAAUCUCUUCCAUUGAAGAUACUUUCUUUAAUAAAUUGUCAAUAAAAAUGUCAAAUUAACCUCAA